CAGUAUUCACAUCGAAACUUGAUGACAAAAAGAGGCAUUUGUGCAAGGCAGUAAAUGAUGGGUCAGUGAGCGCUGCAUGUAGUUACGCAACGUAUAGACAGAUAUAUAUUCAGAUAGAUAAUUAACGAUCGAUCUUCGACAUUGUGCAAACAAUAUACCGGAUCAUCUGUACACUCGCGUUUGGACUCUGGAGAUGCAUGUACCAUAGAGCUAUAAUAGCUCUAUGCAUGUACUAAACGAUGUAUGCGGCAAUAGAGAAGAUGUCAGCGUCUCUCAUCCAAAUUGGCCUCACGCCAUUCAUAUUAUCUGGUUUGAUAGCAUUCUUGCUAUCAUUCAUUCUGGUUCGAUCGGGAAGGACUAAGAAAUACAGCAAUCUACCACCCCGUGGCCCUCGAGAAUGGCCGGUCCUCGGGAGCCUACCAAGUCUGGCAGGCAAAGACAUGCCACAUGUUAUCAUCGCAAACAUGGCCAAGAAGUAUGGACCUAUCUUCAGUAUGCAGAUGGGAUCGUUCUAUGCGGUAGUGCUUAGUGAUUAUUCUCUUAUUAGACAGGCGUUCACGAAAUCUAAUGAUGAAUUCAGUGACAGACCGAAGAUCACGAUGAUUGAGAACAUAGCAGAAGGAAAAGGUUUAAUCGUGUCCUACCUGAGUCAGAUGCAGACCGAGCACCGUAGAUUCUCACUCUCAGCUCUUCGAUCUCUCGGUAUGGGGAAGUUUAAAAUGGAAGAGACCAUCGCGGACGAAGCACGAGUUUUAGCGACAAGCUUUUCGAGGAGACGCUCGAAACCUUUCGUACCAUUUCAUGACAUCGUCGUCAGUGUUUCGAAUAUAAUUUGCUGGUUAAACUUUGGGAGGCGAUUUGACUACGACGACGAGGCCUUCAAGGGCAUCCUUGAAUCUGUCUUUGAAAGCUUUGAGAUCGCGGAAAUGGCAGGACUCUUUAACUUUCUUCCAUUCUUGAGGUUUUUCCCAGGUAGUGGGGUGAAGCGGAUGUUGGAACUCCGAGCGAUAUUCGAUAAAUACAUGAAACCGUUGGUGUGGAAAAUAAGCGAAGAGCAAGAGAAGGGUCGAAGAUCUCCUACAUGCUAUGUGGAAAUGUACACCGAACAGAUGAUAGAAGCAGAGCAGGAGACUCCUGGUGACCACACGUUCAGUAAGGAAAACCUGUAUAACGCAGUGGCUGAUCUUUUCGUUGCUGGAACCGAAACGACUGCAACAACCUUAAAGUGGGCCUUAAUGUACAUGAUAUUGCACCGAAAUGUUCAGGAAAAGGUGCAUAAGGAACUAGAUGAUGUUGUGGGAAGAAAUCGGUUACCACGUCUAAUCGAUAGACCAAACUUACCUUACACGGAAGCUACUUUGCUAGAGAUACAAAGAUUCGCUUCAAUCACACCUUUAGGAGUUCCGCAUGCGCCUGCGAAAGAUGUUGUCCUUAAUGGCUAUGAUAUUCCUAAAGGAACUGUCAUCCUACCUAACCUGUGGGCCAUUCAUCAUGACCCAGACCUAUGGAAGAAUCCUGAUGAGUUCAAUCCAGAGAGGUUUCUUGACCCCAAAACCAAGCAGGUUAUUCAGAGGGAGGAACUCAUUCCGUUUUCUAUCGGACGUCGUAGAUGUAUGGGUGAACAAUUAGCCAAGGUGGAACUAUUCAUCUUCUUUACUCAUCUCUUGCAUCGCUUUAAAUUCGAAACACCAGAGGGCACCCCUCCUCUAAUGAAAGCGAGGAAUGGAGCUACGCUGAAUCCAGAAGAAUUCGAAAUUUGCGCUUCUCUUAUUGAUGACAUCAUGUAGUUUUUUCACACAAGAUAAAGAAAGUAUAUAUAUAACAAAUGAUGUACGUAAGCGCAAGCAUGAUGAACUGAUGGUAUUAUGUGCGAGAAGAUACUAUGAAUAUACCCCAGCCGAGGUCCGCAGAUGCGAGCGUGCUAUGCCCAUUUUGCGAGCAUAAAGUUUAUAUUUCGAUCCAAGUAACAUUUUCAGCAUGAAUGAGACAUAUUUAGUUAUAAGACCAUGGGCACUCAUGGUGCAAACACAGAUUGACAUUAAUCACAAAAGUAGUAUUGGUGCUAUUAACUGGUUAGGAAAAUAAUUAUGCCCUGAUAAUCGAUUUAAUUAGUAUGAAAUAUUAUCGGAAUAGGUGUAUUUCUUUCUUGAUUCAUCUUCAUGAGCCUCGCAAAUUUUAAAUUUUCUCAUUUUACCCCUAUUUGAUUCACCCUAAUGAAAUAUCAUAGUUGCUUAGCAAUCCUCUAGUAUCAUAAUAACCUCCAUACUAGUUUGAAUAUCAUAUAUUGUGCUGAUUAUAUUUCAUAAAAUUUUACAAUGUACAAUGUUAAUGAUUUGCAAUAAACUGGAUGAAUACAAAUACAAAAAGAAAUACAUUCUCGAAAUUAAAGGAGGCUGAGUGUUUUUUGUAAAGCUGUGCUCAGUGAAGGUAAGAAUGUUAUAAGCGUCAGGUGCUGGCUGCCCCCCACUCUCAAAUUCUGAAUUAACACGUGUGGUUUUUCUUUGAAAACAAUUAAAUAGGUGCUUCAAAUAAUUUGUGCUCACAGACAUGAAACACGGCUAAAAAUCCAAACACUUUCAUUGGAAUCAGUCAGUUGGUCAUAGAUCACACGCGUUUUAUAGUAAUGAUGAUAGUGCUUUUAAAAUAUUUGAAAACAAGAGUCAUUUUUAGUUGUGAUGUUUAGAAUGAAUAACGGGUAUUUUCAAUGAAAUCCUACACUGCAAAAACUCUGGUAUUGAUUUAACACCAGCCCGGAAUUUAUAUAUGUCCACACCAGAGAAGUGUUAGAAGUUUCGUUUUGGUCUAACACCAGAUAGGUGUUUAUACAACACCAAUUAGAAUCAAAACAGCAUCAGUUUGAUUCCAAACUGGUGUUGUUUUAAUACUUCUCUGAUGUGGACAUAUAUAGAUUCCGGGCUGGUGUUAAAUCAACACCGGAGUUUUGCAGUGUUUAAAGGAAGAACUGAUGAAAAUCUUUAUCAUAUUUGUAAUAUUUUGCACCUUCGCCCAUUUGCAUAUUAGUGCAAUAGUCGACAGUUGAACCCUUGUUCUGUGCAAGAAUUUUCAGCGAUAUCAAUGUUUUCG